ACCUCAGUGGUAUCUUCUUGAGGAAUUGUCUUCGAUAAGAUAAGCUUAAUUUGGUGGGGAGAAGAGUUAUAAAAAUAAAAUGAUCAUCCACUGACUCUUCAUUUAAUCCUCUGAAUUAGAAGACAAAUUUUCACCCCAAAAUGAAAGGCAAUAUCCUAGCUCUUGUGCUCACGCUGAGCCUGUUUGGCAUGAGCUCUGCAAACUUGUGCGUAGGCUUAACGGAAGGAUUCUUCAUAUAUGCGGCAGAUUGCACAAAAUACAUCAGUUGCGCAAACGAACAGGAAAACAUCAUGUCAUGUCCGGCAGGAUACAUUUACGAUCACGCCAGGGUUCUGUGCGUCAGAGGAACCACUUGCCCUCCUGUUCCGGUCACUCCCGUGUGUCCCCCGACUGGCAUUGAGUUCCAGGCCAUCGAAGGAGAUUGUGAGCACUACAUCGUUUGCUCUCAGGGAGUAGCUCACACUAUGACUUGCGCUGCGGGAACAACCUUCGAUACUCCGACCCUCAAGUGCCAACUUCCGGCAGCCUCGACUUGCUUGCCAUUCAAGUGUGAUCCAGCCCUGCCUCUUCUCGGACAGAGCUUCGCUGAUCCGGCCGACUGUACCAAAUAUUACAUUUGCAACUUCCAAUACGAGCUGGUUCCGAAGGCUUGCUCCGCCGGAAUGCACUGGGAUGACGCCAUCAAGAAGUGUGCUGCCGGGGCUUGUGUGUAAUGUUUUUUUUUUAUUGACCAGUAUCUCGUAACAUGUUAAAGAUAUAGCAUAAAGAAAAAUUGUAGAAAGUGCAUUUUAAAAAUAAAUUUGUGGAAACACA